AUGAAGGCACAUUUUACCCUCGGCCAGCUGGCCGUCGUCCUACUAUCGCUGAGUCACGCCGCCAACGCGCUGAGCUGGCCACGAUGGCUUCCGGAUAUUGACACUCUGAUCGUGCGGCAGGAAGAUGACUCGAAAGAAACCUCCCCCACGCCAACCGCCAAACCGACUUCCGCCAAAGACGACCCCGAUGACACCGAAGACAAGCCCACAACCUCCCGCAACCCCUUCGAGCCCAUCACCACGAACCUCAACACCGGCGGCUUAACCAAAUCGGCCACCGCAACCGGCAAGGUGACCGGCAACACUACAACCACCCGUCCCCCGCGCAAAACCCAAUUCAAUCCCAUGGACCCAGCCGGCUCCGUGGUAAUGCUGACUCCGGCACCGACCGAAGCCUUCCCGCUCUACAAGAUCGGCGACUACAUCACCUGGGGUUGGAACUACACCAACCUGCAAGCCACGCCCACCGCAAUCGACCUCUACGUCAAGUGCUCCAAGGUCCCCCAGCCCUGGACCCUUACGCAAAACAUGACCUGGGCUACCAAGGGCGAAUAUACCUGGGACACGAAGGCCUUCCAGACGGAGCAUGUCGAGAACCCACUUCUGACCGAGCAGUACACGCUGGUGAUUGCGGAUGCAGAGACCGGGCCGAGCGCUACGCCUGAGGCUGGGUAUCUCGCGCCGUUUAGUGGAUUCCAUUUCGGACUGUACAAGCCAAUGGAUUAUCAAGAUAGCGCGGACGGGUGGACGUGUGCUUCGUGCAGCGGGGCGAGGAGAGCGACGGGGGUGGAUGUGAAGGGCUUGGGGAUGGCACUGGGGAUGUGUGUGGUGACGGUGGUGAGCUUUACGUGGUUUGUUGUUGGUAUUGGGAUGUUUUAA